AGCCAGAGGAACGCCAGCGACCCCAGCAGCGCUGCGGAGGGUGCUGGCCGCUGCGGCCCCCGUGUCCCGGUGGGCCAGGACGCAGCCUCUGGGCGCCGUCGCUUUUCCAGCAUCGCAGAGGCAAAAGCGUGGCAGUGCGACCCAAAAGGUUGCUUGAAUGGGGGGCACCCUGGCAUGGACGCUGCUGUUGCCGCUGCUGCUGCCGGAGUCAGACAGCCUGGAACUGUCGUGCACCGUGUCCUCCGCGGAUGUGGACUGGAAUACGGAGUUCAGUGCCACGUGCCUGAAUUUCAGUGGCCUCGGCCUGAGCCUGCCCCACAACCAGUCUCUGCGGGCCAGCAACGUGAUUCUCCUUGACCUGUCUGGGAACGGCCUGCGAGAGCUUCCAGUGACCUUCUUUGCCCACCUGCAGAAGCUUGAGGUCCUGAACGUGUUACGCAACCCGCUGUCCCGUGUGGAUGGGGCGCUGGCCGCCGGCUGUGACCUUGACCUGCAGGCUGACUGCAGCUGUGCCCUGGAGUCCUGGCACGAGGUCCGCCGAGACAACUGCUCUGGCCAGAAGCCUCUGCUCUGCUGGGACACAACCAGCUCCCAGCACAACCUCUCUGCCUUCCUGGAGGUCAGCUGCGCCCCUGGCCUGGCCCCUGCAACCAUCGGGGCAGUGGUGGUCAGCGGGUGCCUGCUUCUUGGACUUGCCAUCGCUGGCCUCGUGCUGGCCUGGAGACUCUGGCGAUGCCGAGUGGCCAGAAGCCGGGAGCUGGACAAGCCCUGGGCUGCUCAGGAUAGGCCCAAGCCCAGUUUAGGCUUGCAGCCACGGUACAGCAGCCGGAGCGCCCCCAAGCCCCAAGUGGCCAUGCCAUCCUGCCCCUCCACUCCCGACUACGAGAACAUGUUUGUGGGCCAGCCAGCAGCAGAGCACCAGUGGGCCGAACAAGGGGCUCACCCUUCAGAGGACAAUGACUUUUACAUGAACUACAAGGACAUCGACCUGGCUUCCCAGCCUGUCUACUGUAACCUGCAGUCACUGGGCCAGGCCCCAAUGGAAGAAGAGGAGUACGUGAUCCCCGGGCGCUGAGCCUUCACCCAGAACCCCUUGUCUCUGCUGGGUGACUCAGGGCGUCCUAACUCCUCCCUGGCCUCAGUUUCCCCAUCUGAAGAAUGGGGACAGGAAAGGAUUGUCCUUGAGGCCCCAGGAAGCUCUGCCGCCCCCUCCCUGUCCCCCAUGCUGCUCCUCAGCCCCCUCAGCUCCUAGAGGGGGAAGAGGCGAGACCCCCAACAAGGGGACAGGAGGGUCACUGUGUCAAUCCCGUCGUCACCCUCCUGUGGAUGUACAGGCAGUGCUCAAUAAAUGCUUUGAGGCCGGUGAGGCUGCUGGUUCAGGGUGAGUGGGUUCCUCAAGGUGGGAAUUUCUGAGUUCUAAGACCAAGUCUCCAUCUAAGACUCCCAAAUUGCUCCCCACCUCCCAUCCCGGUUUUUUGUUGUUGUUUGUUUGUUUGUUUUUGAAAUCAAGCCUCACUCUGUCACUCAGGCUGGAGUGCAGUGGUGCAAUCUCGGCUCACUGCAACCUCUGCCUCCCAGGUUCAAGUGAUUCUCCUGCCUCAGCCUCCCGGGUAGCUGGGAUUACAGCACCCGCCACCAUGCCCAGCUAAUUUUUGUAUUUGUAAUACAGACGGGGUUUCACCAUGUUGGCCAGGCUGGUCUUGAACUCCUGACCUCAAGUGAUCUGCCUGCCUCGGCCUCCCGAAGUGCUGGGAUUACAGGCGUGGCCACUGCGCCUGGCCACAUUUCUCCCUUCUGCCCCUCUCAGGGCCCCUUCCCAGGUCCCUGAUCUCCAGGCUCGGCCUCCAGAGCAGCCCACAACACCCCCAAAAUAAAAAAAUAUAUAUA